GUAGGACACCCUGCAAAGUGAGGGGACAACCGAACCAAUCACAGAUCACAACACGUGUGAUUUAUAAUGUUUAUUCUGCAAUAUAACAAACGUCAAGAGGUUAUUCAAAAAAUAUUUCUUUGUUGUUAAACUUAAUCUAUGUUAUAGUGUUUACUUUUACUGUAUGUGUGAAGGCUAGUUUGAAGUGAAGAAAAUGUCUGAUUAUUCUUCGGACAAUGAUGAUGAUUGUGGUCUUCUCAAGAAAGCAAUAGAUGUAAAAUUACCUGAAAAUUUCGAUCCAAAUUCUAUUCCUCAAGAUGGUUUUGAAUAUCUUCAUCAUGUAAUAUAUGAAAGAAAUAACUGUGAGGAAUGGGUAGCUUCCAAUAUAGAUACCAGCAAAUUCAAAAGCAACCAAACCUAUCAAAUAUCGUUGGAGUCCACAGGUAAAAGUAUCCCAGAAAGGUUCAUACCUUCAAAAGAAUGGCAAAUUCGUAAACUAGAUGAUUUCAAAUCGUUUAAAAAUUUUGUGGAUAAACAAAAGCUACCUGAACCAUCUUUAUAUGUUGGCAAAUUUAGUGAGGAAGAUUUCAAAAAGAAGCUUCAGACCGAAACUCCAGUUUUUUCAGAAUUUGUUCAAUACUCUCAAGCUGUAAAAAUAAGAAUGUUGGAAAUAAUUUCGAAGUACUUGAAUUCUUUGGAUCGAGGUAGAAGUAUAGAAGACAACAUUGGGACAUGGAUUUUUGCUAUUUUAGUGAUGUUGGAAAUUCCGUUGAGUCCAAGUUGUUGUUAUGUUAUAAGGAAAUUCACAAGAAGUUGCUUGGAUAUUCGAGCAGAACUUCCAGAUGAUGCUGAUGAAAAGUUGUUGAAUCCUCUAAAUUUCAGUAUAUGUAUUUGUAGUAGGUACUUUCGCCAAUUAGAUCUAUCCGACUGAUCCAAUAUUUUUUGUUGAGUCAAAAAUAUAUAAAUUUUAAUACACUCAUUAAAA